UAGUCGGGAAGGACAAGACUGUGUGCCUGGGAGCUUCUUAAAGACGCUGGGCUUUACCUACCUGUUUCCCUGAUCCACUGUUUCCAGUGUCUGUUACAAAACGCAGUUGUCCCUCCGCGUCUCCAGUAUUGCACGCAGAGAGGCGCAGGGAGACACAACCUGGGUCCUCCACACGACUCAAGACAACUUAACAAGUCUUCAAGACCAUGUGGCUGCUGUCUUCAAACUGAACUCGGAUUCCAAAAAUUAUGCUCCUGUAUUUCAGAGACAAAUCGAGGAAAAGUCUACAGAGGAAUAGAGUGCCGUCACCUUUGGAUUGUUUUCAUCUGUUAAGUGCUUCUUAACUCAUUUCGCACGGGUACGUCCAUGAUCGGAGAGGUUGUCCAAGUCAGAAAAGAUGGCAAAAGGUGGCGGAGGCAGGCGGUUUCUUCAGUGUCAGCUGCCCAAUGUCACCUGAGAACAUGGCGGGUGAUGCUAUGGGUGCUGGCCUCGCUGGUUGCCUUAGUGGACGGCUCAGUUGCGGGCAGGGACAGAGACCUUGGAGAGGAGUCUUCCCCGGCGGUGCUGCGGAGCUCGGAGAGGAUGGCAUGGCAGCCGGCCAGUCAGCCAGAGGCGCAGGAAGAAGAAGAGGAGACGGAUGACGUCACUUCCUGGGCUGGCGUGUUUGACAGUCCUUCUCUUCUGGAGGAGGGCGAGGAUCACCACAGAAGAUGGCAGCGUUCCACCUCCGACCCGGCGCCCCAACGCCAACGCAAGAACCGCGGCGGAAGGAAGGGCAAGGGCCGAAAGGGACAGAAGGAGAAGGAGAGCCCGGACUGCCGCAUGGAGCGCAGGGAGAUGCGCGUACGAGACCUCGGCUUCGGCUUCGAUUCGGACGAGAUCGUGGUCUUCAAGUACUGCGUGGGCACGUGCAUGAGAGCGCUCAAGAACUACGACCUGGCCCUGAAGAACCUGAUGAAGAACGGCAGCAUCCCCAGCAACAAGGUCAGCUCGCACCCCUGCUGCCGCCCCACCCACUACGAGACCGUGUCCUUCAUGGACGCCCAGACCUCCUGGCAGACCAUCAAGCGCCUGUCUGCUGCCAAUUGCAGUUGCGUCGGAUGAGAGCCACUAGGGAGCCAGCCGCACAGCCGCGGGCUUUAAAAAAAAAGGAAAAGAGAGAGAGAGAACCUGAAUCGUGAGCUCCUGAAUCUAGAGGAAACCGGAGAGCGGGAGGCCUGAGGCGGCGUGGAUGGUGUGAACAGCAGCGCGGACCGGACAGAGGUGUGAGAAAUUCACAGUCUUCAGUAACGCGAUGCAGUCAGCUGCUGGGGGAUCCCUAGUGCUCUGGAAGAAGGAGCGCCACCCUGUGGUCUAGUGAUGAUAAAGCACGAGGCAAAGUACUACGUAGGCGCACAUAAGUUAACGCUGCUGUCAGCUGUAAGGAUACCCAAAAGGCCUCUUCUGGCUCAGCCUUUGGGGCCCCCAGGCCUUCCCGAGUCACCAGGCCCUUGUGCUGAAAGGAGAGUUAACGCAGAGUACCCGACUUGUGGAUACAGAGCUCUGGCAUAUGUCAUCUGUAAUCACUCUCUGUUGUUUUUGAUGGUCUUCAUGUGCCUUCAGCCGUCACCUUCACCUACAAAAUGGUUGCGUACUUCCUGACACUUCAGCUGCCAUCGAGUUAUAAGGAUAUAUAAAAAUAGUGGGCAGUGGGCUUGCAGACAUUUGAACCAGGAAGACCAACGACUUUUUUACAUUUUAAAACAUUCAAAAAUGAAGCAAAGUGGGGAUAAUCGCAUUUGUCAGACCAAGAAUACGUGGUGUGGUGUGCAUGUUUAUAAUUUCCUUCAAUGGCAGCUCGGUCACUUUCAGGUCACAAGAGGCCGUGACACCACAAAGCCAACAAUUAAUCUGCCGUUCCCUUUGAAAUUGUGGAGAUGAAUCC